AUGAACCCUCUCCAAGCCGAUCAGAGGAUGUCUGAUGCCGAGGAGAUCCUCGGGUACGACUUCAAAGACCCUCGCUGGCUCUGGGAAGCGCUCCAGGCCGCAGGAUCUCCGGUGACGAGAGUGGGCACGCGGAGUUUGCGCGAGGGCAACAAGCAGCUCGCGGGACUCGGCGACAGGAUUAUCUCGGUCGUCAUUGUCACGAUGUCCGUUGAUGAUAACAUUAGCAUCGGUAUUUUCUCAAAGAAGCCAUCAUUCAAGUACAGGAAGACAGGCGGCCGCAGGCCUAUUCUGACUGCCGAAACAGGCAACACCAACGCCCGAAUCCAGAUGUGCGCGAACAACGAGCGUCUAGCUAGGCUUUGUGACGCUGUCGGUUUGACCCGGUGCAUCGUCAGAAAUCCGUCCCAGCAGGGGAUGGUGUCUCAACGCACUAAAGCUGACACCCUGGAGGCAGUAGUCGGCGCAGUCUUCAAGGACGGCGGGCUCGACGCUGCCGAAGAGGUGAUUGAGCAUCUGGGCAUCGUUGAUCUUCUGGUAACGUUUCAAACUCCCUCAAUAUCCCACACCAAAUCUGUGAUCAAGAUGACCCUUGACAGUGUGCUCUAUUCGGUCUGCCUCCGGAGUCCUUCGCUUAGGUGCGCCUGA